AUGGAAGCAGGAAACAGCACAGAAGUACCCCAGUUCCUCCUCCUGGGCCUCGCAGAGGAUCCGGAACUGCAGCCUGUCCUCUUUGGCCUCUUCCUGUCCAUGUACCUGGUCACGGUCCUGGGGAACCUGCUCAUCAUCCUGGCCGUUGGCUCUGACCCCCACCUUCACACCCCCAUGUACUUCUUCCUGUCCCACCUGUCCUGUGUAGACAUCUGCUUCACCUCCACCACCGUCCCCAUGACACUGGUGAACAUCCAGACACAGAGAAAAGACAUCUCCUACAUAGGCUGCCUCACGCAGGUGUAUUUCUUUGUGGUUUUCGCUGGGCUGGACAACUUCCUCCUGACCGUGAUGGCCUAUGAUGGAUACGUGGCCGUCUGCCACCCCCUGCACUACACGGCCUUCAUGAACCCCCGGCUCUGUGGGCUCCUGGUUCUUGCGUGUUGGUUCACCGUUUUCUGGGUCUCCCUGCUUCAUACUCUACUGAUGGUGCGGCUGACCUUCUGUGUAGGCACUGAGAUCCCGCACUUCUUCUGUGAGCUGGGGCAGGUUCUCAAGGCGGCCUGCUCUGAUGCCCUCAUCAAUGACAUCGUCUUGUAUGUGGCCACGGCUCUGCUGGUUGUGUUUCCUCUCACCGGAGUCCUGUUCUCUUACUCUCAGAUCGUCUCCUCCAUAGCGAGGAUGGCCUCCACUGAGGGCAGGUAUAAAGCAUUUUCCACCUCUGGGUCUCACCUGUCUGUGUUCUCCUUGUUCUAUGGGACAGGCCUGGGGGUCUCCCUCAGCACUGCUGUGACCCAUUCUCCACAGAGGAGCUCGAUUGCCUCAGUGAUGUACACGGUGGUCACCCCCAUGCUGAACCCCUUCAUCUACAGCCUGCGGAACAAGGACGUGAAGGGGGCCCUGCGAAGGAUUCUCAGCGUAACAGCCUCUUGUCUGUAGUGGGUCAUUGACUUCAAAAGUGUGCAUUUUGAGCCCAAAUGCAAAUGUCACAAAUUUCAUUAUCCUGAUUAUUUUUCUCCCCUGACAGACAUGCUCCGUUUCUUCUAUUCCCACUGCACCUAUGGCUUUGCCUUUAUUUGUUUUUAUAUUAGUUAUCCUCAGUCACUCCGUCUGGGAUUGUUUCCUGUUCUUCCAUGUUUGUUUACCAUAAAUCUCUCUCCUUGGUCAGCUUACAGCCAUUCGUCAGGCUCCCCGUAUUAGAUGGGAAGCACUUCUAUCAAGUGCUGACAUGGUUUCCCCAAAAAUUAUCCCCCAAGUAUUCAUGUUAGUUUCCUUAACUUGGUUGUGUAUUUCCCUGAAAGAAAUGGAAUGAAAAGUAGUCAUAACCAAAGAAUUUAUAGUAUCGAGAUGUUUCUUGUUGUCCUAAUGUAUAGUUUUAUGUCAUCCUUACAACAUUGCUUUGAGAUAUUGUUUGCUAUUAGCCCCAUUUUUCAGAGAAGAGAUUGAGACUGGAAUGGAUUCUAACCUGGGAACCUGACACAAUCCUUACUUUGCUAUCUACUAUUCAUAAAACUGUGAUGUGGUUUUCAAUUUCAAGUGUAGGAAUAUAGAUUUGGAAGCCACUUUGUUCAGGUGUGUAUAAGUAACAUAUUGCAUAGGCUAACACAUUUCCUCUGCUUUGCUUUCUCCUCUCUCUGUUCCCUCCAGUUUUCCUUCCUUCCUUUCCUCUCUAUUGUUUUAUUAGACUUCUUUUUCCCAUCGUUGCAAUAUCAAUAUGUGCUCCAAGAUCCUAAAACAUUUAAUAAUGAAUACGAUAAAAUAAGA